AUGGAUUCAGAAUAUAUAAUUACAUCAAAUGCUGCAUUUAUGGCUACCGCGUUUGCCACUGAGUUAUUUAUACAGUCUUUUUGCGAAGAAGCUGUUGUACUGGGUCAAUUGAAUAAAACAGGGAAAAAAACAAACACUGCCCCUACAGGUAGCAGUAGACUAGGGUAUAAUGAAAUGUCAGAAUGUGUCAGGAAGAAGGAGAAUUUCCAAUUCCUCGAAGAUGUUCUCUUGCCUAUCACUACAUCCCGUAUAAAAGAUGUGACUCACAAAAAUAGAGCGAAACCUAUUGAUGCAGAAAAAGAAAAGGAGGCAGAGGUUUUGGAAGAAGAAGAUGGAGAGCAAGAGGAGGAAGUAGAAAUGGAAAGAGGAAAUGCUAUAACAACUGAUACAGUAGGGAACGAGAAAAAUGAUAAAAUAUCUGAGGAAUCUAGCAAAGUUCAAAAAUCAUUAUCCUUUUUCAAAUAUCAGGCGAAUAAACCAAAUAAAGUUGUUGAUGCACCACCUCCAUCAUCCAAUUCCACAAAUAAAAAGAGUCUUAUCGGUAGAAUCGAGGAAGAUGACCUGGAAACUAGCGACCUUGAUGAAGAAGAGGAAGCCGAAGACUUAAUGACCCAGGCCGUUCAAGGACAACUAGAAGAGGUCGAACAACUAAACCACGUUGUGGAUAUUGACAAGGACGAUAGUAAUUCAGAGGAUGACAUAGAAGAGAAUCCAAUGAUAAAUGAUGAAGCAGUAGCAUAA